UUCCCUGCGCGUGACCAACCGCGAACGUUUGGGAAGCGUCGAUAGGCGGAACAAUAGAAGGCCUGGCUGGUACGUUUGGUUGUGUAGAAUCACUGGGUGGACCAGAGCUAGAGCUGAACUGGACUGUGCUGAAUAUCACCACACCUUUUUUGGAGACAACUUCACCCAUAGGGGUUACAUCAUAGUCCACUGGAUACUUCCAUCCCAUUACAUGGAAUAAAUCUGGACCUAAAUCCUACUUUAUGUUUUUUUCUUCUUCACGGAUGGCAUGGCUUUUGAAGACACUUGAUUUUUCUUGAAGUGUUUGCAAACUUGUGGGAAAUACGAAGUGAAGUAACUGUUAAAUUUAGGUUUUUUCAAAGAUGGAGCAACAAGCAGCUGGAGGGGAGGACCCAAACAAACCCUCCAAAAAGAAAUCCACCGAGGAAGAGAGUAAAAACAAAAAACUGGUCUUUCAGAAUCAAUCAGUCUAAAGUUCAGUCCCGGUCAGCAUGCCGGAGUUCAAGCAGACACAUGGCAACUUGAUGCAAUUAUACAAGAUAAGUUGCCAGACCUUGUCUUCUUUUUGACUUUGGUCUCUCCUUAAACAACUUCAUUUUAUAACAUAGCGUUCUCGUAAUUGUUACUUGUUUUGAUUUGUUUCAUCCAAAUAAGCAUGUUCCCUCUAAACUCCAUGUUUUCAUCGACAAACUAACAGUGACUAGUGCAUGGACUGUUUUCAUCCUCUCUGUGCCAGUAACCCUUGACAGGAAUGCUGGCAGAAGCCUCUUGCAUCUCUCUCUAGUUAGAUAGAAACCUUAAACUUGUUGUAGUCAAAUCAUGUACUCCAGAAUGCUGUCUGUGAUAUUGUCUUGGUAUUGAUUUUGGCUGUAAAUUGAACAUUAACAAGUGGAAAGAUGACACAGGUAAUAUCACCUAAUUUUGAGUGCCAUUAUAUUCUCCUUUGAAAGUACAGCACACAGGUAAAGUGACACAGGUGCAGGUGUCAAAUGUCAAGCCUUGUGCUUUGGACCGUUUUUUAAAACUUUUUAAUAAGUAACCAAUAAGUUUUGUAUCAAUUUGAAAGAAAUAGUUCACCUAGAAAUGAAAAUUCUGUCAUUAUUUACUCAGCCUUAUGUCGUUCCAAACCCACAUGAACCCACUUCUGCGGAAAGCCUUUAGGUCUAUAAACAAUGCAAGUUUUCAUGUGAAUGUAUGCCCUUGUGUACAAGCUUCUCUCAUGGAUUCAUAUCAAGAUGUUCAGUGAGAAAAUGACUUAAAUUUCAGGUUGUUUUUCACUAAAACCUUCAGAAGACAUGAAAUAUGACUCAUGAGUCUCAUUGACUCCUUUUAUGAGAUUAUGAUCCUUUUCUAAGCUUUAAAGUGAGGCAGUAUCCACUGCCAUUGUAUAUAAAAGAUGGACUGUUAUUUAUUAAAGUAUUUCCUUUUGUGUUCUGCAUAAUAAAGACAGUCAGAUGAGUUUGGAAAGACAUGAGGGUGAGUAAAUAACAACAUUAGGUGAACUAUUCCUUUAAGUGCAACAGUUUGUUUUCCAGAAGGCUAUCAGUAUUAGUAUUGUGCAUCAUACCAUUGUCAGAACUCUGCUCUGUUUAUAAAUUGAUUCAUAAUAGAAGCUGACAUGUGCACCAGUUUUUUACUCCACUUUAACUCUACUGUGUCUCUCCAGCGUGACAGAAUCACCAGUUUUCGAAAGCAAGGCAUGAAAAAGGAGAAGCCUCUCAUUCAGCACCCAACAGACCCCAUCUCCAACCAGAACGAGCUGCCCGUGCCCCAGCCAUUCUUCGACGAGCGCUCCAUGAACCUGUCAGAGAAAGAGAUCAUUGACUUGUUUGAGAAGAUGAUGGAGGACAUGAAUCUGAAUGAAGAGCGGAAGGCCCCCUUGCGUGGAAAGGGCUUGAGCACCAAACGCGAGAUGGUGGUCCAGUACAUUUCUGCUACGGCUAAAUCUAUAACUGGGAGCAAAGUUGUGGGUGGACUGAGGAACAGCAAGCACGAGUGUACGCUCUCAUCACAGGAAUACGUGCACGAGCUGCGCUCAGGCAUCUCUGAAGACAAACUGCUCAACUGCCUAGAGUCCCUGCGUGUGUCCUUGACCAGCAACCCCGUAAGUUGGGUGAAUAACUUUGGCCAUGAGGGUCUCGGACUUCUUUUGGAUGUGCUGGAGAAGCUUCUUGACAAGAAACAGCAAGAGAACAUUGACAAGAAAAACCAGCAUAAACUCAUCCAAUGCCUCAAAGCCUUCAUGAACAAUAAGUAUGGCCUGCAAAGGAUCUUGGGGGAUGAACGAAGCCUUCUCCUCCUGGCGAGAGCCAUUGAUCCCAAGCAGACAAAUAUGAUGACUGAGAUCGUCAAGAUUUUGUCAGCGGUCUGUAUCAUUGGAGAGGAGAACAUCCUGGAUAAGAUCCUGGCAGCCAUGACCAUUGCAGCAGAGAGGAAUAAUAAGGAGAGGUUUGCUCCGAUAGUUGAGGGGCUGGAGAACCACGAAGCCCAGCAGCUACAGGUGGCCUGCAUGCAGCUGAUCAAUGCCCUCGUUACCUCCCCGGAUGAUUUAGACUUCAGGAUACACUUACGAAAUGAGUUCCUGCGCUGUGGCCUCAAGAAGAUCCUACCAGAACUUAAAGAGACUGAGGAGCUUGACAUUCAGCUGAAGGUGUUUAAUGAAAAUAAGGAGGAGGAUUCCAUCGAGCUGUCACACCGACUUGAUGACAUCCGUGCCGAGAUGGAUGACAUGGGUGAGGUGUACCAUCUCCUGUCCAACAUGGUGAAAGACACGGGUUCAGAACCUUACUUUCUGUCCAUCCUCCAGCACCUGCUGCUCAUCAGGAAUGAUUAUUAUAUCAGGCCUCAGUAUUACAAGGUGAUAGAGGAGUGUGUGUCCCAAAUCGUCCUCCACCGUAGUGGCAUGGACCCUGAUUUUGGCUACAGGGAGAGGCUAGAUGUAGACUUCAGUCACCUCAUCGAUCAAUGUGUAGAUAAAGCCAAAGUGGAAGAGAGUGAGCAGAGAGCGGAUGAAUUCUCCAAAAAGUUCGACGAGGAGUUCAGCGCACGGCAGGAAGCACAGGCCGAGCUGCAGAAACAGGAGGAGAAAAUUAAAGGGUUGGAGGCCCAGAUCAACACCCUACAGGCCCAGUUGACUAGUGAGAGAGACAAGCUAAGAGAAGCAGAGAAAUGCAUCAGUGAAAGAAACAACAAGGUUGAAACCGGAGUUGCUGGUGCCAUUCCUCCACCACCAGGUGGCAUUGCACCUCCACCACCCCCUCCACCACCCCCAACUGGAGGUAUACCACCUCCACCUCCUCCACCCCUACCAGCAGGUCUGGGACCUCCACCACCACCACCUCCACCUGGGUUUGGCCCUCCACCUCCACCCCCACCUCCUGGUGGAGGCCCUCCCCCACCUCCAGGAAUGGCUCCUCCCCCACCUGUCAUCCAGUUGCCUUAUGGGCUGGUGCCUAAAAAGACCUACAAACCCGAGACCAUCAUGAAGCGGGUGAACUGGUCGAAGAUAGUGCCUCAGGAGAUGGCAGAAAAUUGCUUUUGGCUCAAAGUCAAAGAGGAGCGCUUUGAGAACAUGGACAUGUUCAACCAACUUUCACUUGCCUUCUCUUCUAAAACCAGAGUGAAAAAGGAUGUGGACAAAACAGAUGACAGGAUGACACAAUUCAAGAAAAAAGCGAAAGAGCUGCGAAUUCUGGAUGCCAAGACAGCCCAGAAUCUGUCAAUUUUCCUGGGAUCAUUCCGGCUGCCUUACGAAGAGAUUCGGGAUAUCGUGCUGGAGGUGGAUGAGGAGAGGCUAAGUGAAGCGCUAAUCCAGAACCUGAUCAAGAACCUCCCUGAGCAGAAGGAGCUGAGCAAUCUGGCUGAGCUGAAGAAUGAAUACGAGGAGCUUUGUGAGUCAGAGCAAUUUGGCAUUGUGAUGAGCUCAGUGAAGAUGCUGCGUCCUCGGCUGAAUGGGAUCCUGUUCAAGCUGACGUUUGAGGAGCAGGUGAACAAUAUCCGGCCAGAUAUCAUGAACGUGGCAAUCGCCUGCGAGGAGGUGAAGAAAAGUGAGGGUUUCAGCAUGUUGCUGGAGAUGGUGCUGCUGAUCGGGAAUUACAUGAACGCCGGCUCCCGAAACGCUCAGACGUUUGGCUUCAACAUCAGCUUCCUCUGCAAGCUUUGUGACACAAAGUCGACAGACCAGAAUAUGACUCUUCUGCACUUCCUGUCUGAGAAGUGUGAAGAAAAGUAUCCUGAGAUCCUGAAGUUCCCAGAUGAGCUGCAGCAUGUGGAGAGUGCCAGCAAAGUGUCUGCCCAGAUCCUAAAAGCCAGCCUGGACACAAUGGAACGCCAUAUUCAGAGGCUGGAGAACGACAUCCAGAAUUUCCCCAAGACCGUUGAAAAUCAGGAUAAGUUUGUGGAAAAAAUGUCUGGCUUCUCCAAGCAUUCGCGAGAGCAGUACGAGAAGCUUUCCACCAUGCACAAGAACAUGCAGAAACUCUACGAGAGCCUGGGGAGCUACUUCGCCUUCGACCCACACACUGUCAGCACUGAGGACUUCUUUGGAGACCUGGCUAACUUCCGCAACCUCUUCAUGGAUGCUGUGCGGGAGAACCACAAGAAGAGGGAGCUGGAGGAGAAGAUCAAGAGAGCCAAGCUAGCAAAGGAGAAGGCUGAGCGAGAGAAGCAAGAGAGACAGCAGAAGAAGAAACAGCUGAUUGACAUGAACAAAGAAGGUGAUGAGACAGGUGUGAUGGACAGCCUGAUGGAGGCCCUGCAGUCUGGAGCAGCCUUCCGUGACCGCAGGAAACGAACCCCACGCAACGGUGAUCAAAGCCCUUCCUGUACUGCACCUCGGUGGCCGGGUGCUAACCAUGACAACCGUCUCACUGGUUUGGAAAGAUCCCGUUCGCGCCACAAUGCAAACCCUAUGGUCCGAUGAUCGCUUGCCGGCUACGGACGUUUGCCAAGUGCCAAAGACCCAAGAUUGGGGACACUGUGGAGGGCUGAACAGGAAUUGAGAGAGCCUGCCCCUCACGGCAUUUCCUGCUCACCCAUCAUUCGCAUACCUACACAUCCACAUGCAUGCAGAACGCAGAACAAACCUCAAAGACAUGUUCAACAGCUCCAGAACCAUGACCCUUACUCCUCUCUGCCUUACAAACCUGGACAAUUUGUUCUUACUUCCUUUUGCGCUUAUUUCCUGGGGCCUGUUAAAUUAAGGGGUGUUUGUUUGAGAUUUUUAUUUUUUGUUUGUUUGUUAUUUUCCUGAUUGCGCCGGCUCUGUUUAUAUCUCAGUGCAUCUCAGGAUGCUAACUCCCCUGAUCUGGCUCACGUCCAUCCCGCUAUCUGCAAACAGUCAAGUGAUUGACUGCAUUUUGAUCUCUAGCUAUUGGAUUUUUUAAGCGCACAAACACACUCUUCUUGCUGACAAAAGGCCAAAAGCACCAGAGAGGACUGAGUGAUUCUGUAUGCAUAUCAGCAAAGGGACUUUAUUCACUGCAUUGAUUGAACAAAAACCUUGGCUUGAUUGAUUCUGCCACCCCUCCUGCUUUUUAUUCCACAUGACAAAUAGCAUUUAGAUUUUUAGUCUAUAACUUCACCAUCAGCCCUGCUCUGCAACAUAUAUUCUCUAAUCAGUGCCUCUCAUAAUAUAUUACAGAUUUUAUAUAUGUAGCAACAUGAAAAAAAGCUGCUGAUUUUAGCAUCAGUGCAACGUUGUGUACACAUUUGCUCUGUGUAACAGCUGCCAGUUGCCAUAAAGUACCUGUGCUGGUUGAAAGAUAUUGCUCUUUAGCUACAGUUAACACUUCAAACAUAUGUAGACAUUUCGAUUGCAGAGUCAAAGGUUUUAUUAAACAAAUCUGCUGGUGUGUAAAAAAAAAAAA